AUGGGAAUUCCAGCAUUCUUUAGAUGGUUGGUAGAUAAAUACGGCAAUGUAAUUACACCAACCAAAGAACCACGUGACUCUGAUGGAUCACGUCUCAAAUGUGAUUUUUCAGAGCUGAAUGUAAAUGGAGAGUUUGAUAAUCUAUACUUGGAUAUGAACGGUAUUAUCCAUCCUUGUGCACAUCCUGAAAAGGGACCCAAGCCAAGGAACACUCAGGAUAUGAUGGACUCGAUCGUCGAAUACCUCGACCUCUUGUUUGCCAUUAUCCGUCCACGUAAGCUCAUCUAUAUGGCCAUUGAUGGUGUUGCACCACGUGCCAAAAUGAAUCAGCAACGUGCCCGUCGUUUCCGUGCCGCCUUGGACUCGCGUAUCACCAAGGAACAAGCUGCCAGAGACCUCAUCGAGCGUCUCAACAAUGGCAGUCUUUCACAAGAAGACUAUGACGCCAUCCAAAAGGACGGUGCUGAAAAGUACCACUUUGACUCUAACUGUAUCACACCAGGCACAGAGUUUAUGGCAUUGGUCGCACUCACUCUCCGUCAAUAUGUCGCCGAAAAGAUAUCGACCGACCCUGCAUGGAAGGACGUCAAGGUAAUCAUCUCAGACGCCAGUGUACCGGGUGAAGGAGAACACAAGAUUAUGGAGUACAUCCGUCACCAACGUUCUCAACCCGACUACAACCCCAACCUCAAGCACGUCAUGUAUGGUUUGGAUGCCGAUCUUAUUAUGUUGGCGCUAUCGACACACGAAGUCAACUUUGACAUUCUUCGUGAGUUUAUUGCUCCACCCAAGGGCAACCGAUUUGGCACGCCCGCACCUACCCCAUCCAAGGAUGUCGACGAGGACGAGGUCAAAGAUUUCCUCGUCAAAGACUACCAACUUCUCAAUCUAGCCAUUUUACGUGAAUACUUGGACACAGAACUCAAAUGCAACCCACCCUUUGAAUACAACGUCGAACGUAUCAUUGAUGAUUUCAUCUUUAUCUGUUUCUUUGUCGGAAAUGAUUUCCUUCCACAUCUUCCCAGUCUUCAAAUCAACGAAGGUGCCAUCGAUCGUUUGAUGCGUAUCUACAAGGAGCUCUUGCCAACUUUUGAGGGUUACCUGACAGACAAUGGAGAGAUUGACCUCGAUCGUCUCAGAAAGGUGUUUGUUCGUCUCUCGAGAGAAGAGGAAGACAUUCUUUUACGUAGAAAGAAAAAGGAAGAACGUUUUGCACAAGGUCGUAACAAUAGAUUCCAACAAACUGCACGUACCGAUAUCACCGGCACUGCAAGCUCACAACAACUCAAUACACAAGUCAGCGAAAGACACAAACAAGCAGCAGCCUCUAUCCUCAGCGAUAUCUUCCAACCAGUCGCCGCCGACACUGAAGAAAACAACCCAAAGAAAAAGGUAAAGACUGACCAUCUCUCCAACAAGGAUGCAGCUCAACAAUUAAGAGAAAAUUUGGCAAAGGCAACUAGCAAGGGUACCAAGGAUCAACUCGAUGCCACAAACAGAGAAGCCGCUGCUCUUCUUCAACAAAAAAUGAGCAAAUACAAUGAAAAGAAGCGUGUUGUCAAAGUCAUUGACAUUCAACAAACUCCAGAGGCUGCCGAAACCAAGGAUGACAAUACCAAAAAGAGAAAGAAGAAGGAAACUGAAGAUAAAUCGGCAGCAGAGGAUCAAGAUGAUUCUUUGGAAAAGAAACUGUUUAUUCAUAAAAUGAAAGAUGUCAACAUUGGUUCUGAAGGUUGGAGAACAAGAUAUUAUGAACAUCAUUUUGAAACUGAACAACCACAAAAUGAACUUGUUAGAGCAAUUUGCCAAUCAUAUGUUGAUGGUUUAGCUUGGGUAUUAAGAUAUUAUUUCCAUGGUUGUUGUUCAUGGGGAUGGUAUUAUCCAUAUCAUUAUGCUCCAUUUAUUUUGGAUUUGGCAGAGAAUGGAUCGAUGAUUGUUGAACCACAGUUUGAAUUGGGUGCUCCAUUUAGACCAUUCCAACAACUCAUGUCUGUACUUCCAAAGGCCAGUGGUCAGUUUGUUCCAAAGCCAUACAGAACCAUGAUGGGUAUCUCGAUUGACGGAGAGGACAGAAACGAUGUCAUUCUUCAUUUCUAUCCAAACGAGUUUUUGAUCGAUGUCGCACCAGGUCAACCCACUUGGAAGGGUGUUUGUCAAUUGCCAUUCAUUGACGAAAACGAAUUACUCAGUGCUCUCAAACCACUCGACAAUUCACUCACCGAAGAUGAAGCAUUUAGAAAUAGUCAUGGUACCGAUUUAAUCAUCUCUCACAACUCCACCUCGAUCGGUUCAACUACCGAUCUACCUCGUAAUUUGGAAAAGCCCGAUCAAAUCUUGGGUACAAUCAGUCCAGUCAUUCCAGGUGUUGAAAAGCGUCUCCCACCACUUCUCAGUGCCAAGGUUUUCACCUACAAAAAUCCAGAACUUGUCAAUGAAUCCACCUGCGGUAUUCUUCCAGGUGCCAUUCUUCAAAAGGUUAAUUUGGAGCAAUACAGAACAAGAGGCAUUCAAAACUCUUCUGCCAAUCGUAUGAUCAACCAUGAAUUGGGUUCCAAUCAAUACAAGAAUAGAAAUCAACAAAAUGGUGGUAAUUUUAAUAGUAAUUUUAAUAAUAAUAAUUUCAAUAAUAAUAAUAAUACUAGUAAUCAAAACUAUAACAAUAAUGGUAAUAAUAGAAAUUAUAAUAAUAAUCAAAACAACUAUAAUAAUAAUAAUCAAAAUUAUAACAAUCAAAAUAAUAAUCAAAAUUAUAACAACCAAAAUUAUAAUAAUAAUAAUCAAAAUUAUAACAACAAUAAUUGGAAUCAAAAUCAAAAUAAUAUGGGAGGCAAUAAUUGGAAUCAAAAUCAAAAUUAUAAUAACAAUAAUUAUAACAAUAACCAAAAUUAUAACAAUAAUAUGGGAGGUAAUAACUGGAACAAUCAAAAUAAUAAUAUGAAUAAUUGGAAUAAUAAUAAUAACAAUAUGGGUUAUAACAAUAAUAACAUGGGUGGUUAUAUUAAUAAUAACAAUAAUUAUAACAAUAAUAACCAACAACAACAACAAGGUAUUGUAAAUAUGAGUGUGGAACAAAAACAGACUGUAUUAAACAACAUGAUGUUGAUGAUGAAACAAUACAAUGAAGGCGCAAAUAACAUGACCCCACAAGAAUAUAACCAAAUGUCAACAAUGAUGAAUAUGUUGCUACAACAACAACAACAAGAUUUACAACUAGUUCAAAAUCAAAAUCAAUUCAAUGUUGGUAGACAAAACAACAACAAUGACAAUCAUCACAAUAAGAAAUUCAACAAUAACAAUAACAACCAAGGAGGCUAUAAUAAUCAAGGCGGAAACAAAAAUUAUAAUAGCAAUCAAGGUGGAAACAAAAAUUAUAACAAUAAUAAUAACAACAAUAAUUAUAACAAUAAUAAUAACCAACAACAACAAGGAGGAAACAAAAUGAAGUAUAAUCCAUUUGCCAAAUCAAAAAAAUAA